AUGACACCGUACUGUAUGUCACAUGCUGAUCACGGGGGUUUUGCUGGCCCCUAUCUCUUGGCAUGUCUCACGAAUAGGUGGACCAAUCGAAAGAAUGAAGUGUGGAAAUAUACACAUUUGUGGCGGUACUCAAAUAACUACAUGCCUACAGUUAUUUGUUGUCUUGUUUUCAAGCACGAGCUGCCCUGUAGUUCUAAUGUAAUAUUGCGCGUUGAUAAUUACAGGUAUGCAGAGAGAGAGAGAGAGAGAGAGUGAGAGAGACGACCUACUGCCUCUUUAAUGUUGGCUUCAGGUACGAAUUGUUCUUUCAGUUUUUGCUGGAGAAAGAAGUACAUUUUACUUGUUUUAUUUUUCUGACAAAAUUUGCACAGAAUAAAAGUCAUUUUGGUGGAGUUGUAUUCAGGAAUUCGGAACGCUUAGAAACACUUUUUUUACAUUGUGAUACCGUGAAAAAGGAAUGAUAUAAGAAAUAUUUUAGUAAUUUAGAGAUUGGUCAUCAAAAGUUAUUUAUAUGACUAGAUCAUUGUCCUAUCACUUUCCAUCACACGUUGUCUUGCGAAUAUUAAAUACAAUUCUUUUCUGUACAGGUUGUGAAGUGCAUAAAUUAAAAGUUAAUCGAUGUUUAACUCUGACUUUUCCCGUUUCCGAUAGCACUUGAAGGCAUCGCCGCAACGACAGCAGUAACAGUUACGACUUGACACUAAAGUGUCGGCUCACAAGCAGGAAUCAGCGGCAUUAUAUUCGGAAGAAAUAUCAUAUCACCAUGUAAGUAUAGAGUGUGACUUCUGAACAUUUUACAUGUAAAAUGUGAAUGUGUCAAACUUGUAUCCUGCUGUAACAUGCACUUUGGUAAAUAAGACCACGGACAAAAGCAACGCCCAAAGUUUGAGCUAGCAUGCAACAAGUGCUAGCUCGUAAGUAUUGAAGUUUCAGCUAAGCUAGCAGUUACGGCGGUGGUUAUAAUAGAGCUAUUCGGCCAACACUAUCUAUUAACUUUUCCCUUUUGGAUUUGUUUAGACAGGCCGCCAAGGGAAAGUAUAAUGGUUUCUCCGUGGUAAUGUUCAUGAGUGCAUGAAAGUUAACGUGGCCCAUCAUGAAAGAACAAAAGCUAACAUAACAUUAGCCUUCCAACCGAGCCAAUGCAAUCUAUCCUGCUUCUGUCUACAAGUUUGUGUCUAUUCAAUGAAAACCGUAAAAACUGCGUGUACUCUUAUAAUAGCCUGUUCUUGUCUUGACUUUUUUCACUAAUCAAGAGCUUCAGCAAAGUAUAGCAAUUACUAUUAAAAACAGGAAAUGUGUCAUGACCUACUUUCCUGAUGUGGAUGGUUGAACCAAUGAGUGGAGGGUCAACUUAAACAUCAAGAACGACAGGAUUUCUUAUUAUUCAACACUUUUUAUUUAUUUUGGUGUCGCAGCAAAAAUGUAGGACAAACUGUAUCUCAAUUCAAUCCCCCAUUUCUCUGUUUCCUUUAACCUCCCCCACCAGCCCUACCUACCCACCACCCAACAGAGGAAGAGGGAAAGUUGCAUGAAUGCGUCUCUGAAACAGGAACCCUUAUUUGUGGCUUGGAAUUUCUGAUCAAAACCACCCAGAGUAUCAAACAAUAGCAUGUAGUGGUGAUGUUAAUCCUUGCUUGAAGGUACUUUAAGGUAGGCCUGGGCGAUUUGGCCAAAAAAAAUGAUCACAAUAUAUUUUGUCAUAUCGUCCGAUCUUGAUUAUUAUCACAAUUUUUUUUUAGACUGCUAGUUUUAAAACAUCUGUGCUAAAAACUAAAGAAACUUGAGAUUAUUUCAACAUUUUAUUAACAUACAAAGUAAAUAAAGUAAAUUGAAUAAGAUAAACUUAGAAAAAUCUAAAAACCAUUUUAACUCAACAGUACAACAAAAGUAGAUAAAUACUAAAUAAUACAGUGAACUAGUUUACAGUCCUGGGUGUUUUUGCAGGUAUGCAGGACCCAAAAUAAACAAAUUGCCCCCUCAGGGAUAAUAAAGCUGCCUUAAAAUGUAAACAUUAGAUGAUUUAAACAUAGAUGGUGCGAUUGAUUGCAUCUUUGGUCUGGUGGCUGCACCGCUAGUUGUGGCUAAACUGCUAAUGCGACUCGUGCCUUCAGCAGUGGCAGGCUGUGCAGACUCCGCUCACAUUUUCAUGCUUUCCGGUUAAUCACUCAGGAAGUACUUCUUCAAAUGAUUAAAUAGAUCGAUUGUGUUGCCAGUUUUUGAGGGCACCGACUGCCGACAUACCUUACACAUUGGCUUAAUUGCUCGACGUCACUUUGGAGAUACCCGAACCACUGCAACACAACCGACGUAGAACAACUUCUCAACAAUAACAUCUUCAGAGGAUGACUCAAAGUCAUGGCUGACAUCUAUUUUGCUGCCCUCGGCUCUCCGUUUAGCUCGAUGUUCGGUCAUUCUGUUUACUUCUCCAAUAACUUACAGAAGUGAGCAGGAAAUGCUUGACUCUGAUUGGCUGUUGUGAUGCACAUUUCCGCUAUGUUUGAUCGAGUAAAUAUGCUCACAGCUCAUCACCGUGAUCGAACUGAAAUUUAUCACGAUCAUGAUCAUAUGAUCGCCCAGUCCUACUUUAAGGUGGAGCAUUGUACCCCACAUUGCAGUUUUAAGUCAUAGAGUCUAACUGAAGUGGCUUUUUUAUGGCAUCAUUGAUAUUUAGAGACAAAAUAAAACUCAUCGGAAACUGUAUGAAUCGCCAUCCAACAUGAUUUUUUCUUGGUUUGACUUUGCAGAUUGUAAGUAUAGGUGAUGCAGCCAGGUGACAGUUCAGUCACAGAAUGAUCUAUGAAUUCAGAUUACUAGAAUGAAAUGGUAAAGAAUCUUACUGUUUUUCUUUCAGGGGACUUGAAUAGUAGUGAUUGACAUAAUUGAUAAUCUUACCUGUAGUUUCUGGAACAGUUUGGAUCCUUUGUUUCAGGGUCACCUUGGUUGUGAAGUCACAGUUUGGAUGUUAUUAUGAGCAGCAUGUCUUCGGACAUUUUGGACCCAUGCAUGCUGAAUUUUCAUGAACAAAUACACUAAGAGUUAUAGUAAAAAUGAUUAUUAUACAAUUUAUCAUUGAAUUUGUUGUGAUUCUGAUCUAGGAUACUCUUUGAAUCAUCUAUGAUUAUGGCACAUAGAGGAUUGAUUUUUAACAAAAACAAAUACAGCUGCAUUUACAAUGAAGUGUAAAGCUCUGUACCUUUUUAUUUUUUAUAUCAUGACUUCAGCGUGGCAUAAUUCUUGUGUCACCCAAAAAAAAAUUGGCAAGUAGCAGUCAAUAUUAACCACAGUUAAUAUUUAGACAGUUUAUUAGUUUAUUAUUCAGCUGACUUAUUCCUGUGGUAUCUUAUUAUGGAAACUGGCUCACUUGGGGCUCCUUAAUAGAUUAAUAACUGAAACAUAAAAUGCACUAAAAAUCUAGUUCUUUUAGUGCAAAUGUGCUGCGUGCAAAGCCAGUUUAAGGUAAAGUUUUUCGUUGCACACUGAAUUUUUCAUCAAAAGAUGAAGGAAAGAAGGCUCAAAGGUGUGUCUUUAUAUUGAAGUAGCAGAAAUAAAUCUGGUUCAAAAACAUGCAGCAAUAUCCACUAAGUUGAUCUCUUGGAGAUUAAUGGACAAAUACUUGAAUAAACUUGGUCUAUGUAGUCAUGAAUUAAGUAACUGCUGGGUUUGGACAGUUGCCCAGAAAAAAACUAAUCUUGUUGUGACUUCCCCCAUGUUAUUUCCUUUAAUUUAGACCUUUUAAUUCUCAAGAUGGCAGUACAAUGGCAUCAAAAUACUAUCCGAGAUUUUGCUAAAAAUAACAUUUGGAAAAAAAGAAAAAGAAAAAAAAAGAUUAAUAUAUUAUUUGCUAGCCAUGAUAACCAUGAAAAAAACCCAGCUGGUUAAUGCAGACCAGCUCCUUGCCAACUGCAGUCUUCAGAAUCAUAAUCAGAGCACAUUAUUUAUCUGCGUGGGAAGUCCGAUCAUUACACUUGUUCCUCAAAAUACAAAUAUUAAUGGAAGAAUAGAAAUAGGAAUGCAGGUAUAAUAAAUAUGACAUUAAAAUAGUUAGGUACAAAGUGCAGAGUAUUAAGAAAUAAAGCUAUUUACAAAGAGCAGAGUGUUUUAAGAAAUAAGCUACGUGAAAGCACAGAGAGUAGGAAGUCAUGUAUACAAGUGUGGCACUAAAGGAUGUUGCACAGAGUAUUGCACAGUAUAACAGAUUGUAACAUAGGCGCUGUGGUGUGUUUGCUGUCAUCACAUCAAGACUGUUAGGUUACACAGCUGCAUAUAUCUAUAUACAGUACAAUGCUGAUUAACAGACUGUAAGAUGUAUAUUAUAGAAAUAACUUUAAUUAACCCAACAGCUUUAACUCAUACAGGUUCUCUGUCAUAGUGCAGUCUAAUAGUUUUCCACAGUGAAAUAAUUGUUGUACAUUAAUUUCAAGUUUGCUAUGUUCUUCGUCUAGUAAUAAAAAAACUACAACAUCAAACCUUCUUUCAUUUAACAAAGAAUUAUUGCUAGUUUAUUGUAGGUUUUAUAACUUUUGCCAUGUCUGAAAAUCUUAGGACAAUCUGCGUGAGUAAGCUUGUGAGCUAAAUAAGUUGAGGGUUUUCUCCUCCCUCAGCUUUCAAACCCAUAAGACCAAACAUGUAGAUGUAUAAGUCUUAGAAGAAUAAGAGGUGAAGAACAGCUAAGAACAACUUUAAACUUAGUGCCAACUCUUUCUCUGGAAUGAUGUGACGCAGUCGACUGCUUGGAGCGAGACUCUCACCAUUGUUGACUCUCACUUAUGUGAAAAUAACCCAACCAUGCAGUCCGUUUACUGUCGGACUAACCCUAAAGCGACUUAUUUUUCCUGUCUGUUCUUUAAAUCUGUGUGGAAGUUUUUCAAAUGACAGAUAUUAGAUUCUCUGCACAGCCUCUGAACUACAAGGCCCAGCAUUUAUAAUCCAGCUGCAGCAUUUCGUAUUGUCAGCAGUACUACAUUCUGCACCUGCUGUUCCAGUCCAACCUGUGUUCAUAAUCACCUACUGCAAUGUACAACAAACAAAUGAUUGGAAAUGACAAUGUGUGCCAUUCAGUAAGGCAAAUAGUACUUAUUUCCUAGUACUGGAAGGCACAACAGUAAUGAUGUUAUAAUAAAUGUAAAAAAAUUAUUUCUUCUGCCCCAGAAACCUCUUAGUAAAACGAUUACCGCACUCUAAGGCGCACCUGAUUAUAAGGCGCACCAUCAAUGAACGCGUCUAUUUGUGUCUAUUUUCAUACAUAAGGCGCACCGGAUUAUAAAGCACAUUAAGCCAAACAAACAGUCAGCUAAGUCAAACUUUAUCUAACUCAUUCAAUAACUCUGCGAGGCUACGGUAGCUGCAGUGCUCCGACAAGCCAAAAGGAUUUUAAGUGCGCCUUAUAGUAUGAAAAAUACGGUACAAAUGAAUCAAAGUUGUGUCUAAAACCCUGCUUUGUUUCAACUUCAUAUUCAUCACUUAAAGGAAACAUGCUCAUUUAGAUCUAGCUUGCCUAUUCACCAUUGUUGGUGUCAGUCUUCUAUUUGAGGGUGUUUACAUCAUGUUGUUUUGCCUCAUUCAGGAAACAAAAGUAGGUUAAAAUUCAAUCAAACAGCACUAGUAUUUCCAGUGAGUUGACUUUAAUCUUGUCUCUGUUGAAUUGAAUGUACUAAUUGAGCUAUUAUAACUUCCUUAAAAUGCUGUAUGCCAUCAUCUCCUCUUCUUGGCAGUAGUGCUAUUCUCUCAGCCGCUCAGCUCUAUGGCAAGUUACGGCCAGGUUUCAGGGUCAGCUGGCUGUUGGACAUGCUAGUUUGUUGUCAUACUUGUUUACAAUGAGAUUUUACACUUCAAUACUAAGCUGGAGCUCUGAUAAUGUGUAUCCAUUUGAUCAUGUUUCUUGCUAUCUCUAAUUUCUCCAGUGUCUUGCUUUUUAAAACUUAACUGAUCCAAAGAGAGGCUGAGGGAUUGAGGAAGUGAUUGGGCGCACUGUUUCACUGAUAUCCUGUCCUCAUCCUCCAGUAUCCCCAGCUAUUAUGUUUUGGAAAUAUGCACUGUAGGAAUAUUUCCUCCUUACAGAUGUUAUCUUCAAGAUGAAGGACCUCUCUCUGAUAAGUGCAGGAAUAAAACAUAAGCUGUCAGUGUUAGCGUCAGUGUCCUGGUCAGGUUUGUGAAAAAGUUUUAGUGUAGCUGGUGAGGGACAUUUCUUACAUUUGUAGCUCUGUGGCUCAUAAGAGGAGAUAAGAGAUUUUUUUAGUGCUGAUGUUUGUUUCUGUUGUUACAUUUUAGUGUGCAUGGGUGUGCCAGGAAAAGGAGUUAUCCGUAACUGUCUUGGCUUUUAUUGUAAUGUGGGUUGGGUCUGAACAAGAAAUGCUUUCAUGUGACUUGUAAAGCACUCAUCAUCCCAAAGGUUUCAUAUGAAUUCUCAUAAACCACCCGUCUAGUUUCGGCCAUCAGUUAUAUGUGGUCUUUAGCGAAGCACAGUCAUUUCAGAGCAAUGCUGUCUCAAGUCAGAGGAUGGCAGUAUGUGACUUGAGUUCUUUUUGAAGCAGACGGUCCAGUAAUCAUUUCCAAUUAUUUCACCCAGCUGUCCGCUGUCAGAAGCACUGAUAUUCAACACUGACACUGCAGCAAAUCUGAUACCAUUUGAACCUGUACAAUCAGAGUAUUUCAUCUUAACAAAUUAACCUCAACUCUUUUUUCUACCCACAGUCUCCCAUAAUUAUUUUCAAACCUCUUUAGAUAAGAUCAUGCUAUUUCUGAGCUAAGAGUUAUUGCAUGAGUGCAGAAACAGCAGUAUGAACAAGAUCAGCUUUAACACAUAACGCACAGCUCACAUAACCUCUCUUUUGAUUGGCAGGAGUAGUGUCAGUGGUGUCACACAGAGAAAGUCAAUAUGUGUGGAGGUACUUUUUUUUGCUUUAUUCUGUGAGUGUGAAAGAGUUCUCUGUGCCAUCUCUCUGUAUUGGCUCAACAGGAUUUUGCUCUGUUAGCAUGGACUCCAAAGGAAUGAUCAUAACCCUUAUAUUGUUGUUUGAAGAAACACCCCUCCACCCUUAUAAAUAUUAAAAACAACUUGUAAUAUUCAAUACAGCUUACAUGUUGUUUGUGCAAAUCUUGAAUGACACCUAAUAUGAUACCUGUAACUGAUAUGAUUUCAACAGGUCUGCCCCCGGUCCAGAAGGUUCUGGUGCAGCAUCAGGAAAUAGGCGUCUGCAGCAGACCCAAGCCCAAGUAGAUGAGGUAUGAAAUGUCUCUUUUUUUUUUUUUUUUUUUGGUGUAGGCCAGUUUUAAGCACCACACAUACCCACACAUGUAAUAGAUUAACAUAUAGUCUUUUAAAGGACUCCAACUUUUCAAUUUGGUAUCAUACAAUCCAUCGAAGGCACAAUUGUUGGUAAAACAUCUUAGAAAUUCUGUCGGGUUGUCAAAAUGUUUGAUAAUUCAGAACCUUUUAAUACCACAUUCUUUAACAUGAUACAGUUUCUGUUACGGUGUUGAACCCUAUGAAAUCUCUGAUCUACAGUCGUCUUUUCAACUCCAAAGCUGAAAGAGAUAUGAGCAGUGGUUGGUCACAUUUAAGAGAAAGCUCAUUGUUAAAGAGAAAUGCAGCACUAAAACUGUGUGAGAGGUUAUUUCCCAUUUGUUUGAUAUAUAGAUGUAUAUAGACAUAGUUUAAAAUUACAGGUAAUGUAUCAAAGUUUAAAAUUCAGCUAUCCUGUACUCUAUACCAUACUAUGAUACUCUAGAGUUUAUCUAGUGUGUCUUCUCCAGUGUGAAUCUUUUCUUUUUGGUACAGUCUAAUCAUUGAACUCCAGCCCCCUUCCUCCAGAAGCUCCGUUCGUCUGUUUUUCCGCUCUUCCUUAACGUCUGUCUCGACAGAGCCUUACAUAACCUCUUGGCGGCAGUGUCAUGAAUCACCACAAAAAAUCAGUCGAUCUCUAGUGCUGUCUUUCCACAUGUCAGCUCACAUGCCAGAAAACCUCAGCAACAAAAUACCCCAUCUUCCCUGUUGAUUCGGAAUUCUGCUGAAAACCGUGUCAAUGAGGCGGUUUCAGAAAAACGGAUGCCAAGUUUCACUCCUCCUACAGUCUCUUAAUCGCUUUUACUGUUCUCCCUCUCACUCGUAGCCAUGCCACCCCUCCCUUCAGGUUAGCCCCUCCCACACAGAACUUUAACCUUAGCGUGUCACACAAAGCCUCCAAUUGGCUGGCAGAGGUUUAUAUAAUCCCUGUCUCUAUGGUUAUGUAACGCCUGCAUGGACCUACACAGUGUUCUCCACCCUACCGCUCCGUGGGAGAGGAGGGGCAGUGGUGGGGUUUGUGGAUCAGUAGAACAUAUGGGUUAUUCUUUGAUACUGUCUGUACACACUUGCCAGUUUUAAAGAUUUGGGAUGAACUCUGUUAUUAAGCAGACGUGGUUAUCUGUAACAGGUUUUUUACCUUCAAAAGGUCUCACCUUUUUGGUUGGUGUUUUGUAACAUUAAUAGAGGUUACUUAACUCGAGAGGUAUGAUGUCAUUGUCCUGUAUUUACAGUAUGUUCGAGCAUUUCCAGUCUUUAUUUCCUCUCUGCUUCGUUCAUUCCAAAACACAGUUAAUUGAAGGAGUGUGCGGUUGAUGUCUUAGGUCGCUCCAAAUUUAGUAGCCGCAAGAUACACAAGAUGCAAUAGUGUACAGAAACUUUGCGUAAACCAAGUGUUUGUAUUUUGUUUGUUUGUGCUUGUAUGAGUAGGUGGUGGAUAUUAUGCGUGUGAAUGUGGACAAAGUGCUGGAGAGGGACCAGAAGCUGUCUGAACUGGACGACAGAGCAGAUGCACUGCAGGCUGGGGCCUCCCAGUUUGAGACCAGUGCUGCUAAGCUGAAAAGGAAGUACUGGUGGAAGAACUGCAAGGUGCCCACACAAUAAAAUGCCAACACAUUUCUCUGUUGUAGUGAAAUAAAUCCAAACAAUCUUUUAAAAAGGCUUUAUGUACUUUUCUAUGUUCAUCUGGUCAAGAGACUAAAAUGACAUCAAAGAUACAGAUUUUUUUUCUACUCAAUCAAUAAUUAAUUGUGCAAAUCAGAUAGUGAUCAAAAAGAAACAGACAAUACAAUAUUAAUUGUAAAUAUGUUAUUUUUUUCUCUCUUCUGUUUUGAUAAAUUAACAUUUUAAUUCCUGCUAAACUUCACAGAACUGAUUUUGUUGUGCUUGAACUUUUCGCAGAUGUGGGCCAUCCUGAUAGCUGUAAUCAUCAUCAUCAUCAUCAUCAUUGUUAGUAAGUAUCAAGCCUGCAGAUGAUGAAGCUUGUCAUCAGUAGUGUACUUGCAUUUUUUUGACUCUCAGUGAUUGGAAACAUCUCCAGGACUGUAUUCUAUUAAUUACAUUUCACAUCCCACAGUAUAAAGUAUAAAGUAUAACCAUCUGCUUUCUGAGGGAUUUUCUUGUGAUCUGGAGUGUCAGUAUUGAUGCUUUAACAACACGUUGAUACCUUUUUAUUUACAGACACAGCUUGGUAGAAAGUUCAUCGAAGUCUUUCACUCAAAACCUUUUCACCCUUUCAUUCACAGUUUGGAAUUAUUCGUAAGAUAGCAGCUGGAGAAGGGGGAGACAAGACAGCCAUGAAGCAGAGGAGAGGACUUAAGUGCAAAAUUUAUGUCUGAGAAGAAGACGACAAAUGAUAACUGGCUACUGAGCUCCACAACAUAUUUCCCCUCUGAGGGGAGUCUUCAUUCCUUGUCCUGGUUUGUCGUGUGUGUGCGUGCGUGCGUAUGUGUGUGUGCACGUGUGUGUGUGAGGAAGGGUGUCAGGGGACAGACAAUUGGAUGUGAAAGGGUGUGGGUGUGUGUGAGAGUUAAGGAUUUGGACAUAACCAGAGAUUACCAUGUAUUGUCUACCCAAAACUAGACAUUACACAGUAUUGUAUUUUAGCGCCAUAUUUACUCAUCUUCAAAGACUGUAAGUUGUUUUUGACUGUAUGAAAAAUACACACACACACAUACUAAAACUUCAGGACUAGAAGUGAAGAUUAUUGUUGUAUACUCCGAAACCUAUAUUUACUUUUUUAUGUUUGAUUUAUAGCCAUGAAUUUAAUGUGCCAAGUUAGGUGAAGUGCCUUUGAAGAUAACUUGUUUAAGUACAUAACCCUGCAUAAUAUUGGAGUGACCCCUUUUAAACAUAUCCACCUGUGUUCUUUUCAGAGUGUAAUGCCAAUAUUUGAAUUUUCCUUCACUUAUUUUUUUCGUAGAAAAACAAGCUGGUCUGUCCCUCUUUGUAACAGCUGACCAUGAAGUUAUCCCACAAUGAAAAGACAAAUGCACGUCCUUAUUCUAUGAAUGCACAUGGUCAAGUGCUACUUUUAAGUGCUAUAUCAGUUGCCCGAGUGCCUCACUUGACAACAAAUCUAAUCCCCAACACACUUGGAACUUUUAGGGCAGGAUUUUCAGUAUAAACUUGAUAGGAUCUUUGUUUGCAUAAGUGCCAUUAUCCCACGACCAACAGCCUCUCUGCUUCAACAGAAAGUCGCAAGUAAAUCAAAAUAACAGAAGAAGUGCAACACUGGUUUAAAAGUGGUAAAUUGUCAGUCAUGUCUCAAGGAUGUGCGAGAAAGUUUACCUUAAAGAAUAAAGUGUAGUCUUAGAUGCCUUAAAGACUUCUCCAAUGGAGAACAGCCAAAAUGUACCAAUGCCUUCAUGAUUGUAUAACCAACCAUGAAUAGCCGUGCCUUCUGAACGCUUGCACAUUUUAAACAAAUACUGUGCUGAGAAUUCAACCGAGCUUGUUAACCUUAAUAAAGCCUUCCGUCUAGUCAGUCUGGCAUUUUCCUCAUCUGAUUGAUGCAAAAUACUUCUCUUGUGUGAUGUUGUAGUAUUAUUCAUUUAUUCUUUUAACAAUAGCUUUUUUUUUGCAAUCUAUUAACUGUAGAUCUAACCUUAUUGAGAGUUUAUAGUAUAUUUUGUGUAGGUGCUACUGAGCAUCGUAUGUGUGGGUGCAGAGAUAACUUAAUGGGACAGUGUGAUAGCAUAUCAACACUGGAUGAUUUUAUCCCCUGCCAUUGCUUUCAUGCUUUGAAAAUAAAUUCAUUUAAAUGAGAUAAGAAAUUAGGUUUCUUUUUAAGUUAAAUUUGCUUUGUAUCAAACUCCAUGAUUCUGUUGAUACAGAGUUUAAACUAUUCUUUGCUAAGCACUCAGCAUAUUGUAGUUAUUCAACACUAACUCAAGGAUUUAGUCUGUUUUAAAAUAUAGCCAAAAUUUUGUAACUUAAAAUGCCUUUUCAGGCUGUUUUUUUUCAUCACAGAUGUAUGGAAAUGUCAUCAUCUGCCCUGUCUACACCAGAAAUAUGACAUCAAGCCUCUUCAUGCCUUGCAGAUGUGAACCUUCUGGGAAUGCAUCUGGAAAUAAGUGCAAUUCUACUCUGUCCCUAAAUGCCUUUUGCUUGAAUAAACAGAUUGAAAUUAGAUCACAAAGC